AUGAAUCUUCCGGUACUCCCAUGGGUUCUCCUAACAAUUGUGGGCACAACCUCGAGCUACCACAUCCUGUGCCUUCACCACAUACCGUCUAUGAGUCACCACAAUUUGGGCAAAGGGAUUGUCAGAGCUUUAUUAAAGGCUGGUCAUGAGGUAACGUGGGUAACUCCGUAUCCUGAUAAAGUUUUUAAUAACUCCAAUUUAACGAUUAUAGACAUCAGUAUUGUCGCCGAAGUGGUUGGUCCGUUGGACGAAAGAGUGAGACAUGCCAUGAGUAUUUCCAUGUUGAAGGAGAUCACUGCGACUAUAUCGCAUACCACUCUCCACGUCAAGGAGUUCAGGGAAGCUCUGAUCAAGAACCAGUACGACGCCGUGGUGUCUGAGUGGUUCCUGUCGGAUGUGGAGGCAGGUUACGCUACAAUACAGCAAGUCCCAUGGAUCCUCAUAAGCACCAUAGUGAUGCAUCCCCACCUAGAGUACUUGGUGGACACCGUGCGGACAGUCCCCACCCACCCCAUGAUAAUGUUCGACUUUCCCAUCCCCAUGAACUUUCAGCAGAGGCUCAUAAACGGAGCGGUGCACAUACUAAUGACUUUGGGUAAUUGGUGGUAUAGCUACUCUGAGGCGGCUCUCUACGAAGCGUCAUUCGCUCCUCUAGCGAAGGCCCGGGGUGUCACACUACCCCCGUACAGUUCAGCUCUGUUCAAUGUCUCCAUACUCUUUGUCAAUUCUCAUCCCUCCUUCGCCGCUGUGCAAAGCUUACCGCCCAAUGUUAUUGAAAUAGGAGGGUACCACAUUGAUGAAGAAACUCCGGCUUUGCCUAAGGAUCUUCAACAAAUCUUAGAUGCAUCACCCCAAGGUGCAAUCUUCUUUAGCAUGGGAUCGAUAUUUAGGUCCUCGACUUUACCAGAAUCGACGAAACGAGACCUGAUCAAGAUGCUAGGCGACCUGCCUUACACCGUGCUCUGGAAGUUUGAAGAACAAAUUGAGAACCUUCCCAAAAACAUCCACAUCAGGAAGUGGAUACCUCAACCUAGCGUAUUAGCUCACCCAAACACUAAAGUGUUUAUAUCUCACGCUGGUCUACUAAGUACGCUUGAAGCGUUGCACUACGGAGUACCGAUGCUGGCCAUCCCUGUAUUUGGGGACCAGCCGAAGAACGCCGACAGCGCCUCGAAACAAGGCAGAGCGAUCAAGGUCGAGUUCGAUCCAGACAUGGUACCGGCUGUUGAAGCUGGUCUUAACGAACUGCUAAAUAAUUCUAGCUACUACAACAGAACUCAGUAUCUAUCGAAGCUGUUCCGCAAUCGACCAGUAUCGCCUUCGAAGUUGAUAUCACACUACGUCGAACUAGCGAUUGAGACAAAGGGCGCCUACCACAUACGGUCACCGGCGUUGCUCUACCAGUGGUACCAACUAAUGAUGUUGGAUCAGUUAUUAGUAUUAUUAGUAGUUUUAUAUAUUUUAUAUCUAAUCAUAAAGUUAUUAUUUAACUUUUUGAAAUGUAUAUUCAAGCGUUUGUUUUAUAAGAAUGUUAAAGUGAAGAAGAAUUAGACUUUGUAUGUAAUUAAGUAUUUUUUUUUUUAUAAAAUAAUAAAAAAGUUUUUAUUCAAA